CCAUGUGGAACACCUCAGAUGCCAGCUUCUCCUGCUACCAUGAGUCUGUGCUAGGCUACCGUUACGUGGCAGUCAGCUGGGGUGUGGUGGUGGCUGUGACGGGCACUGUGGGCAACGUGCUCACCCUGCUGGCUCUGGCCAUCCAGCCCAAGCUCCGAACCCGUUUCAACCUGCUCAUUGCCAACCUGACGCUGGCCGACCUCCUCUACUGCGCCCUCCUGCAGCCCUUCUCCGUGGAUACCUACCUCCACCUGCGUUGGCGCACUGGCGCCACCUUCUGCAGGGUCUUUGGGCUCCUGCUUUUCACCUCCAAUUCUGUCUCCAUCCUCACCCUCUGCCUCAUCGCAGUGGGGCGCUAUCUCCUCAUCGCACACCCCAGGCUCUUUCCCCGAGUUUUCAGUGCCAAGGGAUUAGUGCUGGCCCUGGUGGGCACCUGGGUGGUGGGGGUGGCUAGCUUCGCCCCACUCUGGUCUGUCUAUAUCUUGGUACCUGUGGUCUGCACCUGCAGCUUCGACCGCAUCCGAGGCCGUCCUUACACCACCAUCCUCAUGGGCAUCUAUUUUGUGCUGGGGCUCAGCAGUGUGGGCAUCUUUUACUGCCUCAUCCACCGUCAGGUGAAACGGACAGCACAGGCGCUCGACCAGUACAAGCUGCGACAGGCCAGCGUGUGCUCCAACCACGUGGCUGGCACCGACAACGCCAUACCUGGUCGUUUCCAAGAGCUGGACAGCGGGGUGGCCUCUGGAAGGCCCAGUGAAGGGACUUCAUCUGAGCCAGAAAGCACUGCCACCACCCAGACCCAGGAAGGAGACUCAACAGAAGCAGGAGCACCGAGCCACAACAAGGUAGCCAAACAGACAGCACCAAAAAGCCACUUCCACCCACAGACACCUGCCAAGGCCCGGCCAGCCACAGGUGCACAAAGAGCUCACGACUCCCAAUCCGAGUUCGGAAAAGUGACCCGGAUGUGUUUUGCUGUGUUCCUCUGCUUCACUCUCAGCUACAUUCCCUUCUUACUGCUCAACAUCUUGGACGCCAAGGUCCGGGCUCCGCGGGUGGCCCACAUGCUUGCUGCCAACCUCACCUGGCUCAACAGUUGCAUCAACCCCGUGCUCUUUGCCGCCAUGAACCGCCAGUUCCGCCGAGCCUACGGCUCCCUCCUAAAACGUGGGCCCCAGAGUUUCCAGAGGCUGCGUUAGCAGCACUGUGUCCCUGCUCCUGCAGAGCCAAAGUGCCCAGUGGAGGCUAGGACAGGUCAGAGCCACACCUGGACACGCAUACUCACGGCCACCUCUCUUCCCCCUGCCUGGAGCAGUGUUCCGGCCCUGGGCUGCCCAACAGCA